GUUCCGUCUCUUAAAAAUAGGUUCUUUAAACACUCUUGAAAUUUUUAUAGUUUAUGCUUCAAUACACGCUGACCUUUUUGUAUGUAAGAUGUGAGGUGGGUGGUACAAACCCCGCACAUGAGUCAGAUAAGCAAUCCAACCUCUGCGAAUUCCAGUUUCAUCCUGUACUAUAGUAAAAUCUCCAUUUGGAGACUCUGAAUCAAUUAUAAUGGCACUUAAUAUUAAUGCCUUUGCGAGUCUGGUGGAUGCAUUGAGAAUCGCAGACGAGACACCCGAGGACGACAAUCAGGUUCCUGAUUACUCAAACUCAACUCUUCCAGAUUUAAUCCAAUCGCUCAGCCAAUCUAUCAAAAUCAUUUCCUCACAGACGCAGCAAACUUGUUCUUUAGCUGGCUCAAUAACCCACCUCAGUAGUCUGGAUAGCACACAAAUAACCUCACUUUGCAGACUAGCCAACGAGGUUACUGAAGCGGCUCGAAUUCUCGAUGACACCGUCAAUACACUUAAAAAUGCCCAGGAAAUACUCAGCAUUACCUCCCUCACUUCCCUUGGAGGUCAGGGUGGGGCUAAUAUUCGCAACGGGUCUCUGGUUCAGCGUAUGUUGGCAUACUUCGACGAGCAAAUAAGAAUUGUAGUACGAAGCGUUCUGGACAACUCGAGCAAUGGCAUCCUAUGGAAGAUCGCUGAAGAGUGUUACAACCAAGCUAGCAGUUGCUCCGGUUCACUGCAUACGAGCAACUAUUGUUCUCCACGCGACGAGGCGCUUGAACGGCCAUAUGACCCUGAUUAUGAGGCUGAGCAAUACUACGAGCAUGAAGAUCGUAUGUUGAUGGACGAAGAUUACGCCAAGUAUAUGUAUCAACAAAUAGAGCAGAGGCAAGAGGCAGGGAUGAGAGAAGAGAGGAGGUGGAUCGACUUUUGGGUUUUGGUACUUAGCAGAUGUCCUAACGGACCGACGCUGUUCUACCCACCUGCAAACCACGAGAUCAAACUUCACGUGCUUGGGAAUGAAGAUAUCCCACGGUAUUUGUUCCGGACCUUUGACACUGACAGCUGGGCGAAAAGUAACAACAGCGUGGUAGCUUCAAUAGCAAGUGUUCGCCAUGACAGCAGAAUAGAUAUUCUGUCUCUUUCCGCUCUGAAAGCGACAAAUUUGAUGUACAAACAUCUGGAUGGAAAACAUCCUUACACUUGGAAUCGCGAGGACAACUUAGUUUCGUGGACGAGCUCUCUUUUGAAUGCAAUCCAAUAUGCGAUCUGGAAAACCCGCUUUGGCCGCCCUGCAGCAGAAAUCCAGAUCUGCGCAGUGGACACGAGAAGAUUUCCGCUCGGGCAAUUCGCGCCGGAUACGUGGCUUCUACAAGAGUAUCGCAACACGGCCGCAGAAGUGGGUGGGGAUAUAGAGAAAUUCUUCCGCUUUCGUCUUGAGGAUGAGAGAUACCAGAAUGGUGAAUUCCUCUCGCAGGGAUUAAUACACCAUGCGAAUCGAUCUUGUGUGGUGUCUUUGAAAAAUCUGCAGGAUUCGGGGCUUUACAAUCUCUAUCCCGAGUUCGUUGAAGAAGGGGGCAAGCACAAAUGGACGAAUCGUGUACUACAACUGCGCGGGCGCUGGUCUAAAGAGCGGCUGACAAGCGCUCCAGAGGUGAAUUUUGCGGAGAAAGUAGCGAAGAGUUGUUUUCCUUCCUUUGAAACUGCUGAUAUAAUGUUAAUACUCUUGACACUCAAAGCCCGCAAAAUGAAAGAAGAUCUCAGAGAUGACAAUAGAUAUUGUCCGGAAUGGGCUCGCAAGCCAGAUGAGGUUCGAAGAUACGUAAGUGCAGCUAGACUACUAGAAUCGCGAAAGCAUAGUAUGAAUAGACGAGGGGGUGCCUCUCUUCGCAUAUCGAACGAUGUCUCUGGCAUUCAAAUAGUCAAAGAAUUGUUCGACUACAACUAAAUUUCGGCACUAAAAGCUGGCGCCACUGUGGAGGAAAGCUGGCGCUACAUCUAGAAACUGUACUGUUUAUUAGUAUCUAUGUCGGAUUGGCUUCAGUGGCGCGUACAGAGAUUGAACUGGGGAUAUAAGAUAUGAAUAUCCACCAGCGAUUGAAGGAAGUGGACUUUUUGGAAAUCCUAAUAUCACCGGAUGUGUUGUGUUGGGAUGGGGUGUGGUGUAAUUCGUGGAGCAUUAUUUUCAGCGAUAAUAUGGCUACUUCACCAAUUAUGAUACUAUUAUGCUCAAGCAAUUGUAUUGUCAAAAGUGCUUGUUGGGCCCAGAUGGGAAUGCAAUAUCGAAGAAUAUGCGA